AUGGCGCUCUUCCCUCUCCUCCUCGUAGUUGGGCAGCUGGUCGCGCUGCUGCAGCCUGGCUCUGCGAGCAUCUUCAGCAAGGAGCUGUAUGGCCAGGGCGACGCAGACGUGAAGCCCCUCUACGAGGCCUGGAGCAACGCUUACCGCGCCACUCGGGACGACGUGACCGUGGUCUACGAUGUCCAGGCGGCCGAGCAGGCCCUGGACAACAUCCUGUCGGGCCAGAACGACUUCAUCAACCUCAACGCCGCGGUCGACUCCAGUGACCCGGACUCAAUCGAGCAGUACGGCUCCAUGUUCCAGGUGCCCAUCGCCGCGCAGGGCCUGGCCUUCACCUACAACCUGCCCACACUGAAUGCGUCGACCGACCCACUGCUCGUGCUGGAUCUCAAAGCCCUCGCUGAUAUCUUCAUGGGAAACAUCACCGUGUGGUCCGAUCCCUACCUGGCUACGCUCAAUCCUGAGCUCGCGCUCGCCAACAAGCUGCCUACGCUCAACAUCACCAUGGCCUUCAUCGCCGGCGACGGCCUCGACAUAUCGGAGCCGCUCAAGCGCGCGCUGUUGCCCUACAACGACGCGCUGGGUCCGGCUAUCGACGCCGCCAACGGCGACUUCAGCGGCCUCCCACCGGCGCUCAACGGCCACGCCCACGCCAUUGCGGACCAGGCGGAGCGCCUCAACUUUGUGCGGGCGACUGAAGGAGCGCUCACCUACCUGGGCUCGGCCGACGCGUUGCGGGCCAACCUGGUUUGCGCGAGCCUGGUCAACAAGGCCAACAACACCAUCGCGCUCUCCACCAAGAGUGUGGCGGCGGCGGUGGCUGACUUUGCCCAGGAGAUCAAUGCGGGCACGGUUGUGGACAUCCUCGAUACGCCGGGCACUGAGUCCUAUCCACUGGCUUAUAUCAGCUUCAUCUCCAUCCCGAACAACCUCACCUCACCCGACUGCUCGCUCGUGACCGACCUGCUCACCUUCUUCAGCUGGACCCAGACGAACCAGGGUGACGGGGGCCGAAAGCACCUGAUCGACACGCUGGCCGAGGUGGAGUGCAACGGCGAGCAGGCCUUUGAGCUGGCCAUCCUGAUCGGCGAGGCGUCGCUCGAGCAGGUCGACUAUAGCAUCACCACUGUCGGGCUCAACACGACAGCCGUGCCCGAUCUCACCAUCCUGCCCGCCGCGGCCAUCGCUGUCGUGCCGGCCUACAACCUGCCGAGUCUCAGCGGCCUCGACCAACCGCUGGUGCUCAACCUGUCGGUGAUCGCCGAGAUCUACCUGGGUAGCGUGACCCGCUGGAACGACCCCAAGAUCGUCGAGCUCAAUGCCGACCUGCUGGCUGCGCAGCCGGCCGCGCUGCCCGAUCAGGAGAUCAUGGUGCUGGUGCUCUCGGAGCCGUCCGAUAUCACCGAGCUGUUCACGCACGCUUUGAGCGUGGCUGUCGACGGCUGGGACGACACGGACCUGGCAAACAGGACGGCCAACGUGACCGCCGUUGACCUGGCCCAAAAGCUGAAGACAACCCUCUACUCCUUCACUUUUUGGACGCCAUUCCAAGUGAUCGCCACCCGAGCGGCCAACAUGGCGAGCCUGGUCAACGCCGACAACAACGUCGUGGCUGCCUCCCAAGAUACAGUCACCGCAGCGAUCGGGGACAGCUUCGUGCUCAACCCCGCUUCCGAAAUGGCCUUCAUGCCGCUCAUACUGGCGCCUGGGGAGCACAGCUGGCCGAUUGUCGCGUGGGCCUCGUUCUUGCUUCACGCCGAGCAGUCCAACUGCAACAAGCUGCGCGGCCUCGUCGAGUUUGUGUACUGGACGCAGACCAGCGAGACCGCAGACGUUGACCUUUCUCGAACCUACGGCGUGAGCGCCAACCAAAUAGAGGCCACGAAGACCUACGUCUUCACGCAGCUGGAGGCGCUCAAGUGCGACGGCGAGUUCGUGGUCCCGUUCCAGCACUGCCUCAUCAAUGGCACCCUGUGCUCGAACGAGGGCCUCUGCAGCGAUGAGCUCGGCACCUGCAUCUGCGAGUCUGGUCACUCCGGUGUGCACUGCGAGACCAUCAUCACCUCCUCCUCCGCCGACAAUUUGGCUAUCGGACUUGACGCCGACCAUACCGACUUCGCAGACCUCAUCACCACGUGCUGGCACCAGGACCCCUCCAUCCGUCCCACAUUCCUGGAGAUCAUGACGCGCCUGAGCUCCAUGCUGGGCGAUUCGAGUGGGCUCGGCACCAAGACAUCCACCAACUCUUCCUCCUCGUCGAGCGGCAAGGCCGACUGGUCCCUCCCUUCGACGUCGAUGGCCACAAGAACGACCACGUCGCAGUCGGCCUCGUCGUCGACUUCGUCGGGCUCGUCGUCGGAUCAGCUCAACAACCCGCCCGGUGCCAGCACCGGCCUACGGCCCCCGUCAGGCGACGACGUGACCAUCGUCUUCACGGACAUCGCCCGCGCCGCCUCCCUCUGGGAAUUCGACCCGCGCGCCAUGCGCGACGCCACCCUCCUCCACAACGCUCUUCUCCGAUCGCUGCUGAAGGAGCACAAGGGCUACGAGGCGGCGUUCAUCAGGGAUCGGAACAGCGGCGAGGGCUCGUUUUGCAUGGCCUUCCACAACGUGCGCGACGCGCUGGCCUGGUGCGCCGACGCCCAGCAGCGGCUGCUGCUGGUCGACUGGCCUCCGGCGCUGGUGGACCACCCUGGAGCGGCCGAGGAGUGGGGCCACACCGACGACCGCGUCGUGUUCAAGGGCCUCCGGGUGCGAAUGGGCGUCAACGCUGGCGCGGCGCGGGCCGUGAAGGACGCCAUGACCCGCCGGGUCGAGUACGUGGGGCCGACGGUCAACGCCGCCGCGCGCAUCACGGCGCUCACCCACGGCGGCCAGGUGCUCCUCUCCCAGUCGGCCUACGACAAGCUGGCCGCCGGCGGCGGAUUGGGGGAGCGCUGGCGCAACAACUUCACCUGCCUGGGCCGCUUCGAGGUCCCCGACCAAGCCUCUGGGGCGAGAUUGUACGAGUUCAAGGUGGAGGGGCUGGAGGCCCGGUUCUUCGGCGGGGUGGCCUCGGGGCUCAACAAUAGGAGAAGCGAGCCGAGCGAGGACGGUCCGCUGUCGCAACCGGGCGACACGAUCCGCCGCAACGAGACGGUGCAGAGCGUGGUGGGCGAGGGGAUGAUGUUCAAGGAGGACAACUUCCUCACGUCGGCCAACCUCUGCCGCUGGAUCAUCGACUUUAAGGAGAUCCAACUCGGCAAACAGGUGGGAAUGGGGUCCUACGGUAUGGUCUUCCGCGGCCGAUGGAAGGGCGUUGACGUGGCCGUGAAGCGGUUCAUCAAACAGAAGCUCGACGAGCGCAGCAUGCUCGAGUUCCGCGCCGAGAUGGCCUUCCUCUCCGAGCUCCACCACCCCAACAUCGUCCUCUUCAUCGGAUCAUGCGUGAAGGCGCCCAAUCUGUGCAUUGUGACGGAGUUCGUGAAGCUGGGCAGCCUGCGCGAGCUGCUCCACAACACGAGCGGCGUGAAGCUCGAGUGGCUGCGGCGCAUGCGAAUGCUGCGCUCGGCGGCGCUGGGCAUCAACUACCUCCACUCCCUGCGGCCGGUCAUCGUGCACCGCGACCUCAAGUCGUCCAACCUCCUCGUGGACGAGAACUGGAACGUGAAGGUGGCCGACUUUGGGUUCGCGCGGAUCAAGGAGGAGAACGCGACGAUGACCCGCUGCGGCACCCCCUGCUGGACCGCGCCGGAGAUCAUCCGCGGCGAGAGCUACUCGGAGAAGGCCGACGUCUACAGUUUCGCCAUCAUCAUGUGGGAGGUGGUGACGAGGAAGCAGCCGUUUGCGGGCCUCAAUUUCAUGGGCGUGUCGCUCGAUGUGCUCGAGGGCAAGCGGCCGCAGGUGCCGGCCGACUGUCCGCGCGACGUGGCCAAGCUCAUGGCCAAGUGCUGGCACGACAAGCCCGCCAAGCGACCGUCGAUGGAGGACGUGGUGGCCUUCUUCGACCGCCUCGUGGAAGCUUCAAGCCCUGGCUCCGGCGAUGCCGAGCUGGGCUCUCCCUAA